CCUGGCUUUGCUCUGCAUUGCGCAUUCACGAGGCAGGCGCAUCGUGCUGGUGAUAGUCAUAGUCAUCGUGUUCUUCUCGUAGUCAUUGUCGUCGUCGUCGUCGUCGUCGUCGUCCUCGUCCUCCUAGUCUCCUCGUCCUUCUUGUCCUUCUCGUCGAUAUUACCGUUUCAACGAUUCACUUGAUUUUUUUUUUUUAACUAAAACGAUUUAUUUUUUACAGUCCUCUUUUUAUUUGCUUUUUAUCUCGAUACCGAUACGAUCGAGAGUAGUAAAGAUUUGUAUCACCAAGUCGUGAAAAAACAAGUUGAGGGUCAUCAUCAGUCCAGCUUGAACGGUGAGCUGUUGUAUCGAUAAAUUUGUAAGCAAAUCCUUGAACAAUGUGGGGUAGAGCAAGCAUGGCUGCAGUGAUUUUAUUCCUCGCUUGGUUAUGCAUCUUUGUUCCUUGCCACGGAAGUAACACGGAGCUUACUCCAUCGGAUAUGGAAACAUCUUCAACCGAUGCUGAAGCAGAAACCAUUUUGGAACGUGCAACUGCUUGGUUGUGGAGUCAACGGGACAAAGAUGCUGGAUGGGGUAACGAUACUCACAGGGUCAUUUUGGUUCUUCGUUUGGGUAAUCUUUCACGUAACGAUAACGUGGCAUUACCUGCCCCAUUGGAAUUGCAAUUAAGUUCUAAAGAAAUGGAAUUGGAAAUAGUUCUUUUACUUUGGAGACAUAGGGAAGUUGGUUUUUCUCCAGUACGUUUGGCUCGUUAUACUUUGGCAUUGAAUGCCAUGUGCAUGGAUCCAAGACAAUUUCAUGGACACGAUUUGAUCGGAACUUUGCAACAUCACGAACCACCGACAGAUUAUGAAUUUGCCCUUACAACAUUGGCUGCGUGCAGUGCACAAGCUCACGUACGUAAACGACAAAUACGACGUUUGUUGGACAUUGCUAAUGCUUCACAAGAUCAUAAUGUUGAUACCGUGGCUAUGGUGAUAUUGGCACUGAGAUGUAUCGUACAAGAUCAUAGACAUAGAAAUUUACAUCAUUUUGUUCGAAAACCAUCAAUCAGUUUGGCCCAACAACAAAGAUUAGACGGUAGCUUUGGUGAUCUUCAUACAACAGCAUUGGUCAUGCAAGCUUUAGAAGAAGUCGAGAACGAACCUACUGACAAUUGGAACAGAUCAGCAGCAUUGGCAUGGUUGAUAAGUCAACAACGUCCAGAUGGUUCCUUCAACGGAGACAUUCGUGCAACUGCUGAAGCACUUCUUGGUGUUUCACCACGUGGGCUUGCUAGUAUUCGUGCUUUAGAUUGUGGACAGGGUUUGACAGAUAGUUCACCACCUAGACUUACAACUAGCAAUAUUGCAGAUUUGGCGACCUUAGAGAAUCACAGUCAAACAUUAGCAGCAACUACAAGUGGAAGUAACAUCAGUAAUAUUGAUACUACUAUUACUGGUACCUCGGUACCAAUCAUGGUUAACGUUUCAUAUACACUUUGGGUUGGAAGUAACGUCAACGAAACGUACAACUUAACAGUUUCUGCACCGAAAAAUGAAACCUUCUAUGGCGUGAUGCUUUUAGCUGCUGAAAUGUCACCACACUUUCAAUUUGCUGCAUCGGAAUGGCCAAAUGGUCACUACGUGCAUACAUUGGCUGGUUAUAAAGAAGAACCGAUGUCUUAUCAUUAUUGGUUGCUCUAUCGAUUACCAACAUUACCGGAUCCUUCCUCGCCACCUGGAAAUCAAUUGGUUGCACCUGGAGGUGUUGAUGAUCUUCAAGUCAGCGAGGGAGAACAUUAUCUCUUUUGGUACAAGAAGCUAUGAACUGUGUACAAGAGACUGAUAAUCGAAUAAGAAGAUUCGAUAAUAAUAGAAGAGAUCAAUCAGCAAAGAAAUAAAAUGAGAAAUAGAGAAUGUAUGCUUAUGAAAGAUAUUUAUAGUAUGAAUGUUCAUGCAUCUGUUCUCGUAUGAAUGUAUGAAUCUAUUUGAGAGAAAGAAAGAAAGUGAGAGAGAAAGAGAGAGAGAGAGAGAGAGAGAGAGAAAGAGAGAGUUAGUAUGAAACUGAUAUUUCGGAUUACUAGAGCGAGAGCUGAAUAGUAUUCACUGCCAUUGCUAAACCGUAAAGCGUAUUCACCUAAGCACGUAUUCGUGCAUAACCGCUCGUAGUUUCAAGGACAACCAAUCAAUCACAACUCCUCUAAGAACGGUAAAGAAAAGAUUGGCAGUGAUUUCUUAAACUCCGUUCUAGUGACUGUUUAUCUAGGGUCCGGUAUUUAUUCAAAGAUGUGAAUUACGUUCCAACAUUACCGGACCAUAUAUAUAUACAUAUAUAUCAAGGAGAAACUACGCGACUCGUUAUUUAAGCUACGAAGAAUACCGUUUUCUAUGAAACUGCAAUGCACAACCAUAUUAUAUAUUAUGAUAUAUCGUAUUAAUUAAUAUUUAAUAAAUCCGAUACUCAUACGUGUAAA